GGACCGGAGAGCCCGACAAAGAAGUGCUCGAACGCUCGACCCCAUCCACGUUCCCGCGCUGUGAAUCAGACAGACACGACAACUACUUUUCCACCCCCCCACGAAUUUUUUUUUUUUUUGCCUGAAAGACAGUCAAACAAUACUCUAUUUAGCGAGUCCCAGUUACCGCUUGAUUCUCUGCCUGCUUGUAUUCAACAGCAGCUAGAACCCGAGGAAGAAUUACAAAGUCUGUUGAUUGAUCGAGUCGCCUAAACUCGUUUCUCGUCGGGUACCCUUCAGACGGGCACCAGCAAGUUUAUCAAAAUCUUCUAGCUUCUAUUCCUUCUUCUUCUUUUUAUUUCAAGAACACGAUGGCAGCUCCUACACAGCUUUCAUUUCGCACGCUCAAGGGAAUCGGCAUUUUGGAUGCUGCGCCCGUUUAUGAGCCUUUGUCGGGGUUUGUGAGACCUGAGGGCAACCUUCGCUGCAGCGCCUAUUCUCCGUGCGGUCGGUACUUUGCUUGGGCAUCUGCGGAUAGCGUUACUAUCAUCGAUCCCUCCGUCGGACACGUAGUGACCACCCUCCUCGCCGAGAAUGUGUUUGAACUUGGUUUUUCGCCACUCGGGACCUACGUGAUCACAUGGCAGCGCCCGGGGAAGGACGAGAAUGGCGACGCCGUCAAGAACCUCAAGGUGUGGCGCGUGGUUGAGAGCUCGCCGGACGACGCACACGUGGCCGUCGGUAGCUUCGUUCAGAAGUCGCAAACGGGCUGGAACCUGCAGUACACGGCCGACGAGCGGUACUGCGCACGUGUCGUGACCAACGAAGUACAAUUCUACCAGAGCGAGAACUUGUCGACCGUCUGGAACAAGUUGCGUGUCGAGGGCGUCUCCGACUUUGCCAUCUCCCCCGGCAAGACGCACUCUGUGGCUGUUUUUAUCCCCGAACGCAAGGGCCAACCGGCCGCGGUCAAGGUCUUUGUCGUCCCGCAGUUCACCGCGCCUGUCUCCCAAAAGAGUUUCUUCAAGGGCGACAAGGUCCAAUUGAAAUGGAACAGCUCCGGCACCACCCUCAUCGUGCUGGCUCAGACAGAGGUCGACAAGACUGGCAAGAGCUAUUAUGGAGAGACCACUCUUUAUCUGCUCAACGCUAACGGUGGCUUUGAUUCCCGGGUUGACCUCGAUAAGGAAGGUCCUAUUCACGAUGUCACCUGGUCUCCCAACUCGAAAGAGUUUGGAGUCGUGUAUGGCUACAUGCCGGCAAAGACGACCAUCUUUAACUUCCGCGGUGUCGCCAAGCAUAGCUUUGCUCUCGGGCCCCGGAAUACCAUUUUGUUCUCCCCCCACGGUCGGUUUGUCCUGGUGGCCGGCUUCGGUAACCUGGCGGGUCAGAUGGAUAUCUACGAUCUGGACAAGGAUUAUGCCAAGAUUGCGACUGUUGAAGCAUCCAACGCCAGUGUCUGCGAGUGGUCACCGGACGGCAAGUACAUCCUGACGGCUACCACUAGCCCCCGGCUGCGCGUGGAUAACGGCCUGCGGAUCUGGCACGUCGGCGGUGGCUUGAUGUACAACGAGGAUAUGAACGAACUGUAUCAAGUGUCCUGGCGGCCUCAGAGCACCAUCCAGCACCCGCUGAGCAACCCACUAAACCCGGUGCCUGUCCCGCAUGCAUCGGCGCUCGCCUACCUCGCAACCCGGAAAGCCCCCGUGAAACCCGCGGGUGCUUACCGGCCCCCGGGAGCUCGCGGCCAGCUGACUCCCCUGGCCUUUAAACGGGAGGACGAGGGCGGCGCUGCCUUUGUGCGCGAGGGCGCAUCAUCAAUUGGCGGCGCUGGCAACGGUCUGAACGGGUUUGGCCGGGCGCGGCGCCGUGACAUACCAGGCGCCGAGCCCGCGGAGGAGUUCCUGCCUCCUGGUGCGGCGCCUGGCGGCGGCGUGGCGCUUCCUCCGGGGGCGGACGCCGAGAAACUAUCCAAGUCGGCGGCAAAGAACAAGAAGAAGCGGGAAGCGAAGAAGGCAAAGGAAGCCUCGGACAAGCCUGGUCCCGAUGGCGAGCUGGCGCCGCCUGCCGGACCAUCAAGUGACCGCAGCCCUGAUCGCCGGGGCGAGCGAAGCCACUCGCGCACUCGCUCUAAGAACCACAACCAGGAGCGUAAGCACAACGGUGGUCAUGCCAACGGUGGCCCCGGGGGUCACAAGGCCAAAGCCGCGCCUGAGGCGGCAGCCCCCGUUGCGGAGCCCGUCGCGGCCGACGGAGGCGCCGCAUCGACGGCGCAGGACAAGAAGAUCCGCGGGCUGCUGAAGAAGAUCCGGGCGAUCGAUGAAUUGAAGAUGCGUCUUGCGUCCGGAGAGAAGCUGGAGGACACGCAGAUGAAGAAGAUCCAGACGGAGGACUCUGUGCGCAAGGAACUGGACGGUUUAGGAUAUAACUAGUGGUUGAUUACGCCCUUUGCUAGCGGUACAAUCUAGCUAGAGAAGAUAACUUUGAAUACUACACAAUCUAUGUCAACAUGCGUGUACUGUACAAGAAGACUGCAAGCCGCUCAGAGAGAGAGAGAGAGAGAGAGAGAGAGAAGCCUAAUAAU